AUGUCGGCUCCUGUUAACGACCCCACCUUCCAGGGAUAUGCUACACACGACACAGGUGUCCAGACCACCUGGACCAUCCUACCAACGCAGACCCAGCUCCUCCUGCUCACCACCAACGCCACCAGCACCGCCAUCAUGUCUGCUCCCGUUAUCCCCCCUGGUGGCACCUUCUUCGACGCCAACACCUUCAAGCGCUCCUUCGUUGACGUCCCCGUCGAUGCCGACAAGAACAAUGCCAUUGCUACCAAGGAGUUCAUCGAGGCCGCCGAGUCUCUGACUCCCAUCUUCGGCACGCCGCCUCAUCCCAUCAAGCCAACGAAAUCCAAAAUAAACCAGCGCUACACAGAGGCUCCUGCAGAGUCCGCCACCUUGCAGGAGCUCGUCGUCAACGAGCUCAAGUCCAAGAAGCACGUUGCAACCGAAGGCCUCUUGUGGCUGACCCGACCUACCUCUAUGGACAACAGGGGCCUCGAGUUCAUGUGCCUCGCCCUCAAUGCCAACAUCAACAACAAGACCGAAGAGCUCGCCACUUCAUUCCGCAACGCCUACGGCACCACCCUCAAGCCCCACCACAGCUUCGUGGUCAAGCCCCUCUUCAGUGCCGCCAUGAGCGCCUGCCCCGCUCGCAACGACUUCUACAAGAAGCUGGGAGACGACGAGGCCAAGGUCAACGAGCUCAUGCAGCAGUACUUGGGCGCCCUGGACAAGAUCAUCGGCAUCCUGAAGGCCUUUGUCAACAGCAAGGAGGCAAAGUGGUAG